UGCAUCCUCUUGCUACGGCUGUUUCCCGCAUUGCACACCGGCAAGAUUUGCAUCAAGAACCGCCAAAAAAGAUCGGUGUGAACGAAAUGAACUCAGUUGCCUGCCUCUUCAGGGCUCUGGCCAUCUUCUGUUCCCUAAACGAAAUUUGGUCAAUCAACACGCCGACCGUCCACACAGCUUCGGGAUUCGUUGCCGGACAACGCUUGCACGUUGAGUAUGGAGAAGUUGAAGCGUUCUACGGAAUACCAUACGCGAUGCCACCGAUAGGACGGCUGAGAUUUCGAAAACCCCUUCCGGUGAAACCCUGGAAAGGCGUCUUGAAUGCCACUAUGAAGACCAUGGCAUGUUGGCAGCCCGACUUCACUCCGCUUCCAAACGUGAGUCUGACUUACCCUGUGGCAACCGAGGACUGCCUUCACGUGAACGUGUGGAGGCCAUCCCACGUCUGCGACGGAGAACAUUGUUGCAGCGGGAGAAACCUUUCCGUGGUCGUCUUCAUACACGGAGGCGCGUUUCAGUGGGGAGACGCCGGGCUCUUCAUUUAUGAUCCGGCAAACUUUGUUGCGCUUUCCGAUGUCGUGUACGUCACGUUCAACCACCGACUGGGCAUCCUGGGCUUUUACCCCGCAUCACCCGACGGCCGACCGGGUAAUAUCGGGUUCUACGACCAGCUCUCAGCAUUGCGCUGGGUCAAAGAGAAUAUCGCAUGUUUCGGAGGCAAUCCCGACGACGUCACGCUUAUAGGGCACAGCGCGGGAGCCAUGAGCGUGGGACUGCACAGCACGUCGGCCAUCAGCCGUGGGCUUUUCAAAAGGGCCAUCCUUCAAAGUGGCACGCCGAUCUCAUUAAUCAUCGGCGUGGCCUUUUCGGGUUCACUGUUGUUUCGUGAUCAUGCCGAAAAGUUGGGCUGUUAUGACUCUGAAGUAGAAACUCGAAAGACAGUUCCGGAAAUCUUGAAUUGCCUUCGUCAGCUUGACGCUAAGACAAUCUACAGUGCCAUCGGUUCUAAAUCUAUACAAAGCCAACUAUUCGUACCAGACUCAGGAGAUGAAUUCCUUCCAGCAAACCUUCUCUCUGAAGAAAAUUGGAAAAAAAUACAUGUUGACGAGAUGUUUAUUGGCACUACGUCUGAGGAAGGGGCCCUAUUCAUAGACAUCAUCCGUAACGCUGCCCCGGACUUGGACUCCGCAUUGACUGAAGAUUACAGAAAGGGAAUCGCCUUCGCCCUUUACCUAGUCUUUGAGAUUCCUAUGGACAGAGCUAACUUGAUGGCGGAACAUUACUUUGGUGGUCCUGAAGUACAACAUGACGAAGAAAAUGUGAUAAGAACGGUUGGCACUCUACUCGCAGACGUUUUGUUUAACUGCCCUGCACAUUUCUUCGCCACAACUGCGGCGAAGGAAGGCGUUGCCACAUACAUGUAUAAGUUCGACCAUCGGCCAUCAUAUAGUCUAUGGCCGAAGCACUACGGCCCCACGCAUGUCGAAGAACUACCAUUCACAUUUGGUGUCCUACCAUUUUUCUCAGAUGAAAGCAGGUUUACGCCACCUUUGACUGAAGAAACAAGGGAAUUCGUGAAAUCAGUUCGAUUCACGCCUGAAGAACAUUUAUUCAUGCGACAAACUGUUGCUGUUUGGUCUUCAUUCAUCAAGAAAGGAAAAAUUCCGCUCCCAGCCUCAAAUGAAACAUGGCCCAAGUACUCAGGUGAACACCCCGAGCUCAUCACCAUGAAGCCGAACAGUUUCAAGCGAAGGAAGCUCAGCGAACCCUGCAACCUCUUCAAGCCCUUCCUCGUGAAGGAAUGAACGGCUGCGUACGCAUUCUAGUCAACGAAUACGAUGUAUCUGUUGAAAAGUGCCAAUAUAAGAGUUUUUUUUUUACGUUUUCUUAGUACUACA